CCUCCAAAUCCAGACUUCCCCAAAAUUUUCCCUCCUUUUCAGGGACCCGAUCGCUUCCCACGUGUACCUUAGGCUGGAUCUUAUCCGUCCGUUACAGAUGGCACGGUCAGCACAUCGGGCAGCCAGGAAAAGCAUGUAUGACCGUCGGAUUCAAAAUCUACGUCUAAAAAACUGCCUGGAGCAAAGAGCGGGCAGAUCCUUGUUGCCUUUAAAUAGCAGAUUAAUCACUUUCGUUUCCUCGCUCACUGCUCUGGCGAGGUGAAAGAGGUUCUUCGAAACCCUCGCCCCUUAAUUUUCAAUCAUUUUUUUAAAAUUUUAUUUUCAAUUUAUUUCAGAGAUUUCUCCAUGGUGGUGGUUGAGUUUUCCGGCGAUUUCAUCAUGACAUUCGACGGAGUUCUGUCCGAGAUUAAGACGUAGACGCCGGAAUCUCUGGCAUUCCGAAACGCCGUUGCUAGUCUGCUCUGUUUCUUCUAUGGCAUCGGCUGUUUUGGCUAGCAGGAAUGAACCACAUUGGAGUGAACGGAAGUUAUGUAUGAGUGAAUUCAACCCAAAUUCCACCACCAAUAACCCUCAUUUUUAUGGCCGAAUCAACCCUAACCCUAACCCUAGCCAUUGUUCAUUUAACCCUAGCAUUAGGGCUGGUGGUAGCAAUUUCGACGUUGCCGCCAAACGGAUCCAUGAAGGUUCAACCAAACCUCAGCGCCGGCACUUUAAUCAUCAGUCACAGAGGUCCGUACCGCCGCUGCCGGAAGGUUUGAUUGAUCGCAAUGGCUCCUUCCAUAGAGAGUAUGUGACCUUUAAUCUGGGUUCCUACUCUAGACGGGAGAUUAAGGAGCUUAAACAACGCUUGAUCUUCGAUCUGGAACGGGUCCAGGGCGUUUUGAAGAAGCUGGAGACCAUUGAGUUCGAAACGAGAGCUUCAUUCCAUGGUUUGCAGCGGGGAGAAGCUCCAGAGCCCCCAUCUCCACCGAAACUGCCGCAACUGCCGCAACCGCCGCGACUUCAAGUGAAUCAGCCCGGAGUGGAGAUUCUUCCCGAGAAUCAAGCACCAAAUGGUUUGGGGCAUCAUUUUCAGAGUUCUGGGGUUUCUGGUGCGAAGAACAAGGGUAAAAGCAAGCCCCCUGGUAAAAAGAGAGCAUUUCCAGACGCCGCAGAAGGAGAUCAUAAGCGGAAAGAAGCUAAAUUAGAUGGGGCUGCGGUAAGUAUGAUGAGGAGGUGCGCGCAGAUCUUAACAAAGCUAAUGAAGCACAAGUUUGGGUGGGUGUUCAACUCACCUGUUGAUACUAAGGGUUUGGGGCUUCAUGACUAUCAUGUGAUCAUUAAGCACCCGAUGGAUCUCGGAACUGUGAAAUCCCGGCUGGAUAGUUGUCAAUACGAAACGCCCUUACAAUUUGCUGGUGAUGUUAGACUGACAUUCAAGAACGCCAUGAUCUAUAAUCCCAAGGGUCAGGAUGUGCAUGCCAUGGCUGAACUUUUGCUCAAGAAUUUUGAUGAUAUGUUCACAGCAGCUUAUCGGAAGUAUGAAGCUGAGCAUAAGAAGGCUGUUGCAGCUCAAAAGAAUGUUAGGCCUCAGCCAGAGCGAAUUGUGGCUUCAAGAUCACCUGAGCCAAUGCUCAUUGCCAAAAGUUCGGACAUGGGAAGCUUACUGUCGACUUCAUUAGAUCCUCCCCAGCAUCUGUCUACUUUGUCAAAUUCUCUUCCCGUUCCAAACGCACCUGUUUUUGUGCCUGCAGAAAAGCCUUCUCUGCAGCCAUUGGUGCCUACAAGGUCGGGUAAAUUGCCAAAGCCCAAGGCUAAGGAUCCAAAUAAAAGACAGAUGACUUUUGAGGAGAAGGCAAGGUUGGGGAUCGACCUGCAGAAUCUGCCGCAGGAUAAAAUGGAGCACAUGAUGCAAAUCUUAAGGAGGAGAAAUUCUUCUGUGUCAACUGAGGGUGAUGAGAUUGAACUUGACAUUGAGGCACUUGACAAUGAAACACUAUGGGAACUGGAUAGGUUUGUGGGCUAUCAGAAAAAGGCUUUAAGCAAGAUGAUGAGGCAAGGCCUCAUUCCAGGUGCUUCCCAAGAGAAUAUCAUUGCAGAAGCUCUAGGAGAGAAUGUCAGCAAUUUCCCAGGAAAUGUGGCUACACCAAACCCUGUGGAACAUACAGACAAGAAAGAUGAAGCUGACGAAGAGGAUGUUGAUAUUGGGGAAGAAAGUCCAAUCAAUAACUUCUCCCCAGUGAAGAUUGAGAAGGAUGUGAGUAGAUCCAGCAGCUCAAGCUCCAGCAGUGACUCUUCUUCCAGUGAUUCAGAUUCAGGAAGCUCUUGUGGGAGUGACUCUGAUGAGGAUAGUGUACAGUUGCAAGAGACCUCUAAAAUGUGAUUCUUGAUGGGUUUAGGGCAGACAGGGUUUAUGGAGGCUUUCAUUCUGUUCUGAGUUAUGUGAUUUGCAGAUUUGGUAUGGAAGGUGAAGAAUUGAAGCAGUUCUAUGCAUGGAGGCUUUUAAAAAAGGUGUAGUAUUUGUAAAGAGUGACCAAAUUUAGGGAGUAACUGGAGGUAGGUAACUGAGAUGGGUUUUUUGUUAGCUAUGGCAGAGUAGGAUGUUAGUGAGGAACUUGCAGAAGAGUUCCUAUAGGUAUGGUCAGUAAGUAGUUGGGACAAAUUAUUUUGUUUGUUUAUAAAAAAUCAUAGUGUUUAGGAACAUAGAAGUAAUGUGUACAGGAUGAAAUGGCUGGCUGGCUGGCUUGUAUUAGCCCAAAAUGAAUGAAGGCAACUAGCAUUUUCUCUA